AUGUGCAGUUUUAUUUGCACCAAUGCUCUCUUAGGCUUAAAGUCUGUUCUUCCUUUUAUUAUCAAUGAGAGUCAGGCUGCUUUGGUUCCUGGUUGUCAAAUCACUGAUAAAGCAUUACUUGCUUUUGAGAUUUUUCAUAUGAUGAAGUUGAAUAAGGCUCGGGCGCAUGGUAGUUUUGCUUUUAAAUUGGACAUGGCAAAAGCUUAUGAAAGGGUGGAGAGGUGUUUUCUUGAUUCUAUGCUUAGACAGCUUGGGUUUCAUUAUCAGGUGGUUGAUCUUAUCAUGCGUUGUGUUACUUCUGUCUCCUUUCGUGUUCUUGUGAAUGGUUUUUCAGGUGAUUCCUUUAUUCCUUCCCGAGGCUUGAGGCAAGGAGACCCUUUAUCUCCUUUCCUGUUUCUGUUUUGCGCCGAGGCUCUUUCAGGUCUUCUCCGUCAAGCUGAAACUCGUGGAAUUAUUCAUGGAGCUCAUUUAUGCCGUUCUACGCCAAGAGUUAGUCACCUCCUUUUCGCCGACGAUUGUAUUAUCUUUGGACGGGCUAACUCCAAUGAGAUUGAUGUGGUUAAGGAUAUUCUUUGGCGCUAUGAAGGUGUCUCUGGACAGAAAGUGAAUUUGGAUAAGUCUGAGAUCACUUUUAGUAGCGGUAUCCCGGCUGAUGUGCGAGCAUCCCUUGCGCUGAACCUUGGAGUAGAGUGUGCUGCUCAAUAUGGCAAGUAUCUGGGCAUUCCGAGUACGGUGGGCAGAUCAAAAUCGGAAAUCUUCCAAAUGUUGGUGGACAGGGUUAGAAAGAAAGCAAAGGACUGGAAGCGUCGUUAUCUUUCGGGGGCAGGAAAGACUGUUCUUAUCAAAACGGUUCUCCAGUCCAUUCUGAUUUACUUAAUAAGUUGUUUCGAUCUUCCAACUCAGAUUUGCCAACGCUUAAAUAGCAUUGCUGCUAGCUUCUUUUGGGGUCAGAAUAAGGAUGAACGGCGAAUCCAUUGGAAGAGUUGGAGUAAGCUUUGCCGACUGAAAAUGGAGGGUAGAAUGGGGUUUCGUGAUAAUGCUUUGUUCAAUAAAGCUAUGUUAGCUAAACAAUCGUGGAGGAUCUUGAAUAAUGGUAAUACUCUCCUAGCUCGAUCCCUUAAAGCUCGUUAUUUUCCCAGAAAUGAUCUCAUCCUUGUUAGUAAACCCCACAACCCAUCUUUUACAUGGAAAAGUUUACUAGUGGGAAGAGAUUUAUUAUUGGAAGGUAUUACUUGGAAGGUGGGCGAUGGAAGUAGAAUUCGUAUGGGACUUGAUAGAUGGUUGCCGGAUGGUGAAGGGAAUUUUCUUGCUGUGAAUGUUUCGAAUGAAUGGGAAGCAAUUAAGCUUCAGGAGUUUAUACAUAUUGACUCGUGGACGUGGGAUAGGGAUUUGCUGGCUGUUGUUAUGCCGCCCAGUGAGAUGUGGAAGAUUUUGGCCCAGCUACAGCCUUCAGGUAGAGAAGAUUUACCCUUGUGGCCGAUGGGAAAGUUUAAUGCCUAUACUGUAAGGUCUGGAUAUCUUUUGGCUUGUUCCAUAAAACAACGCAAUGAAGCUUCUUCUUCCUCCUCUUCGGGGUUGCUUUGGAAAUGGAUUUGGAAUUUGGAUGUUAUCCCCAAAGUGAAACACUUUCUCUGGCGAUGUUUGGUUGGGGCUAUUCCUACAGCAGAAGCUUUGAUUAGUAGAUCGCUCAAUAUUGACCCUAUGUGUCGGCGGUGUGGAAAUAAAGUGGAGACUCUAGAGCAUGCUUUGAGAGAUUGUGCUUGGGCUUCCUUUUGUUGGGAAGCUUCUCCUCUCCGGUUGAACUUGCUGCCCCAUAAACUUGUUGCUACUGCUCAGAGGGCGGUGUGGACUAAAUCGGUGUUAGUUCAGCAAAACCAUGAACCUCUCUCUCGACUGAUCCAUAUUCGGGAAGGCCAAAUUAAAGUCUCUUGUGAUGCCGCUUUCAAGGCUGGUUUGGGUGUGGGAGUUGGAGUGGUUUUUUCUGCGUCGAGUGGUGAUGUUGUGGGUUGUUUCUAUGGCUUCUUUCCAGGUGCAGUGACGGUUGAAGAGGGCGAAGCAUUAGCAGCACUUGAGAGUAUUCAUGCUUGUGUGGAUCGGGGUUUUAGUGACAUCAUUCUUCACACUGAUUGCCAGAAUCUCUUUUGGCGACUCCACAAUCAUGUCUUGGACCCCUCCUAUGUUAGUGAUACUACUGCCAAAAUCCUACGUCUCUCUGAUAGUUUUACCAGGUGCGAGUUUAGAUGGACGCCACGGGAUGAAAAUGCUAUGGCCGAUUGUCUUGCAAAGUUUGCUCUUUCUUCUCAUGUUUCCCCUGUUUUCCUUGAUUCAUUUCCUAAUGUAUCAAACUCCCUUGUGAUGGCGUAA